CCGCAGCAUCAGCACCGCCGCCGCCGCACAUCCCCCUCAUCUUCUCUCCGCUGCCUCCUCUCCUGCUCUCCGUCCACUGCGGAACAUCGGCCUGUCUUCGUCCCAUUCCAGACCCGGCUCGCCAUGGACAACUCCGGCAAAGAGAAGGAGGCCAUGCAGCUGAUGGCUGAAGCCGACAAAAAGGUCAAAGCGUCCGGAUCCUUCUUGGGAGGGAUGUUCGGGGGGAACCAUAAAGUGGAGGACGCCUGUGAAAUGUAUGCCAGAGCAGCCAACAUGUUUAAGAUGGCAAAGAACUGGAGCGCUGCUGGGAACGCCUUCUGUCAGGCCGCUCGCCUCCACAUGCAGCUUCAGAACAAACUGGACUCUGCCACCAGCUUCGUGGACGCCGGCAACGCCUACAAGAAGGCCGAUCCUCAGGAGGCCAUCAACUGUUUAAACCAGGCCAUAGACAUCUACACUGACAUGGGUCGGUUCACCAUCGCAGCCAAACAUCACAUCACCAUCGCAGAGAUCUACGAGUCGGAGCUGGUCGAUAUUGAGAAGGCCAUUGCUCAUUAUGAGCAGGCAGCAGAUUACUACAAGGGAGAAGAAUCGAACAGCUCAGCCAACAAGUGUCUUCUGAAGGUCGGACACUACAGCGCUCAGCUGGAGCAGUACCAGAAAGCCAUCGAGAUCUAUGAGCAGGUCGCUAUGAGCACCAUGGACAAUCCUCUGUUGAAGUACAACGCUAAAGAAUACUUCUUCAAGGCCUCACUGUGUCACUUCAUAGUGGACGAGCUGAAUGCCAAGUUGGCCAUCGAGAAGUAUGAGGAGAUGUUUCCAGCCUUCUCAGACUCAAGAGAACUCAAAUUGUUAAAGAAACUCCUAGAAGCCCACGAGGAGCAGAACAGCGAGGCGUUCACAGAGGCCGUGAAGGAGUUCGACUCGGUGUCUCGUCUGGACCAGUGGCUGACCACGAUGCUGCUCCGCAUCAAGAAGACCAUCCAGGGGGACGCCGGGGACCUGAAAUAGACGUAAUCACGCGGGGAGAAAUGGGAUGAGGGCGACCAAGAGAAGAAACAGGAGGAAGGAAAGUGGAGACAAGAUGGAGAAAACGGCGAGUGGGGCACCUGAGAGGGAGGGUGGGACUGAGUUACUGUUGUACAUACGAGUCUGCAUGUGCCCCCACCCCUCGACAAGCUAAGCAUCACCUUUAAACCACCUUUAGUGUCCCCAGUACCACAGUAUUGCUCUCGUAACACUGAACAGGACAGUUAAAAGAGUGGGAAGGAGACGCGCGCGUGUGUGGAUUAUUAUUUAAUGGGAAGAGUGUGUGCGACUUAUUGUAAAUUAGAGUCAAAGAUAUAUGUUAUUUAAAAAUGAUAAUCAUGUUAUUUAUCAGAUAUUGUCAAUAUUGAGAAUCUUCAUUGUUUAUCAUGGUGCUCAGUGUUAUGAUCUGUCUUAAUAUUUUCGGUAUUAGCCCCCCAGCGCUCAUCUGUUCUCCCUCCCCGCACCCGCUCAUGUCGGUGGUUUCACACUAUCACACUGAGCCACCAGCGUAAACCCCGUCACUGCCUCGUUCGUGCAUGUCUGUUGUCAUGUUGAUGUUACGUGUUCUCCGUGUCGUGCUAACAUAUGAAGAACAUAAAUGUAGCCUGGUAUCAUCUGUGUGGAAUCAGUGAAUAUGUACCUCUGAAACUGAGUUGAAAUAAAAACAUAAUCAAUUCA